UUGUAAGCAAUCAAAUCCUAAAUAACAUCAUAUCCAUCUCUCUCCUUUUCAUUUCCCCUGAAAAAGGGGAGGGGCAGGGGACUCUAGUGCCAAACUAUAUCAUAAUUAGAUUACAAUACAAAAGAAAAUACAUAAAAUUCUUUCCAUACUGGUAUAAAGAUGAGCUUUUCAGCAUUUUGUUUUCUUGCAAAUGCUUUGUCAAGUCUUAUUUAUAUCUUCCUCUCUUCUCACCUUCUCCAAACUCUUUACAUAACUAUUCUUUCUUGACCUCUCAACACUUGCUUUCAACUUAACCCACACCCAAGUUGAUAUUAGAACCAAUAGAAGCAAAAAAAAAAAAAAAAAUGGAAAUAGAUGGUCAAAGCCACCUAACCAAUUGGGAUGGCUAUGUAGAUUGGAAAAAUAGCCCUCCAAUCACCAAAAGACAUGGUGGCUUGCUUGCUGCCUCUUUUGUCUUAGUGGUUGAGGUGCUGGAGAACUUGGCAUAUUUGGCAAAUGGAAGCAACUUGGUUAGGUACUUUUCAGAGUACAUGCAUUUCUCACCAACAACAUCAGCAAAUUCUGUGACCAAUUUUAUGGGCACAGCAUUUUUACUAGCACUUCUUGGUGGCUUCUUAUCUGAUGCAUUCUUCACAACUUAUUACAUAUAUAUCAUUAGUGCAGUGAUUGAAUUUCUGGGACUAGUAGUACUCACCAUACAAGCUCGAUCCAGUUCACUGAAGCCACCAAAAUGCGAGCUAGGAGUGCCCAACGCGCCGUGUGAAAAAGUUCAUGGUGCACAAGCUGCAAUGUUGUUCAUAGGACUUUACCUUGUGGCAUUAGGUGUAGGAGGUAUAAAGGGGUCGCUGCCGCCCCAUGGUGCUGAGCAGUUCGAUGAAGCAACCCCGCGAGGAAGAAAGCAAAGAUCAACUUUCUUCAAUUACUUUGUGUUCUGCCUCUCCUUUGGAGGUCUUAUUGCUGUCACAUUUGUUGUCUGGGUGGAAGACAAUAUGGGUUGGCAGUGGGGAUUUGGAAUUGCAACUUUGGCUAUAUUUUUGUCAAUCCCAAUAUUCCUUGCUGGUUCACCAUUCUAUAGGAACAAGAUACCUCGGGGAAGCCCUUUUACAACAAUCAGCAAGGUUCUAAUUGCAGCAUUACUAAAUUCUCCUGCAUCGAGAAACACAAGUAUUGCCAUAACAAGUAUGGCUUCAAGCCCUUCUCCUCCAAUUCCAACUGGCAAGGAAGGUGGCGGAAAUACAAACAGAAAAGAUGUAGAAUCAAUUGAGACUCCAUCAAGAAGUCUUAGCUUCCUUAAUCGGGCUGUUUCAGACAGACCAGCAUGUGGUGCAUUAGAAUGCUCAGUGCAACAAGUGGAAGAAGUCAAGAUUGUGAUGAAACUUUUCCCAAUUUUUGCCUGCACCAUCAUGCUCAACUGUUGUCUAGCUCAACUAAAUACAUUCUCAGUCCAGCAAGCAGCAACAAUGAACACAAAACUAGGCUCCUUAAAAGUCCCUCCAGCUUCGCUCCCCAUUUUCCCCGUAGUAUUCAUCAUGAUCCUAGCACCAGUUUACGACUACUUCAUCAUCCCAUUCGCUCGUAGAGUAACCAAAACAGAAAUGGGCAUCUCUCACCUCCAACGUAUUGGUAUUGGUUUGUUCCUCUCCAUCGUGGCUAUGGCAGUCGCAGCAGUUGUUGAAAUCAAGCGCAAAGGAGUAGCUACUGACUCAGGACUCGUCGAUUCUGCCAAACCAUUGCCCAUAACUUUCUUUUGGAUCGCUUUUCAGUACUUGUUUCUUGGAUCGGCCGAUCUUUUCGUUCUAGCUGGACUACUAGAAUUCUGCUUCUCAGAAGCACCAGUCAGUAUGAGAUCAUUGGCAACAUCGCUCUCAUGGGCUUCUUUAGCCAUCGGAUACUACCUCAGCUCAGUCAUAGUGUCUAUAGUCAAUAGUGUGACAGGCAUUUCAAAGCACAAACCAUGGCUCUCGGGUGGAAACUUGAAUCACUACCAUUUGGAGAGGUUCUACUGGCUAAUGUGCAUACUCAGUGCAUUAAACUUUAUGCACUACCUAUUUUGGGCUACAAAAUACAAGUAUACAUCAGUAAGGUCUAGCAAGUAAAAGUUAGCAGUGGAGAUCUAUAGAUGAAAUUGCCCCGGUUGUAAUAUAUGGUUUUCUAGGCUUUAUGUAAAAUGUCUGAUGAAUUGCUGGAUCUUGGAAUCAAUAUAUUAGGGCUAAGCCAGCAAAGAGGUCAUAACUAUAGAACUAGCUUUUGAUCAAUUGAUCUCGAGUCUCCCGCCACUUCACAGUUAGUGUUCGUGGCUUCGUUUUUUUCUCCUAUCAUUUCUUCUAGGCUAAUAACAUAUAAAGGUUAUCAAAGUGCUCCUUUGCAUCAUCUACUUGUUUGAUGAUCAGUAGUCACAACUCUUGUAACUACGAAUAUGGUUUGAGUAUUGAAGAAGCAAAACUACGUAAAUUUACCUUGGGUCAAA